AUGGCAGUCAGUCCUGAUCAACCAACAAAAAUCUUCAACCCAGUGCCUUUGAAAGUCAAGAGCAGCUUUCUGCAGUUCCCCCGACUUCCCCCAGAAAUCCGACUAGAGAUAUGGAGGCAUUCUCUCUAUUAUGAGCGCCUUCUCCGAGUGGACCUUCAGCCAGGAGCCACAGCUGAGGACUUAUCACAUGAGGAUGAGCCAUUUGAGACCGGGCGUGCAGCUAAGGAAUAUCUUGAGACGCAUUCAGACGGCUUUAUAAUCGUCCUGAGAACCAGGGACCAUAUGAGCAAGCUCUUCCGUGUCUGCUGUGAGUCACGACAGCUUGCGGCUUCUUUUUAUCGCGUCAAGGUCCCCUGCUACUUUAAAGAAGAGAGAGUCCCCGCGCGACAAGUCACCCUCUGCCUCCAUCCAGAGCUUGAUAUUUACUUCGCUAGAUUCGCACACAUGAUCUGGAACCUUGACCCCUAUCAUACCGGGCUAGUAAAUGUUGCAUUUCCCUCAGGCUUUACCAUCACGAGACACUUUGACGAGUUGUUCCAAGAGGUGGAUCAUCAAGAUAUUUUACGUCAAGCUUUAGCAAGACUACGCUCCGUCAUUUUCGGAUACGAUGGAGCCCUUGGGCGUGCAAUUCCAAACUCAGCCUCUUUUAUUGGAAAAGGCCACCUUUCUCGGUCACGGCCGCUCCUAGCCUCUGUUUGCAGAUUCGAGCGAUUGCCGCAGGAUCCUCGACCCAUUGAAGAAGAGUUGAAAAAGGUUUACCUACCACUUGGGGACCCGCGGGAGCAGAUCUAUAGAUGGCUCAGGCUUCUGGAUAGAUGGGAGAUUACAAGCGAUAGUCGUCCAGUUAAGUAUCGCUUCAUGAUCACAUGUGGUGACAGGCGAGUGGAGACCCGCGAGGAAGCACGGAUGUCACUUAAGGAAGAGAAGAAGCUGUGGAAGAGGACGAUAAGGUAUUAUACAAAAUGGGGAAGGCCCUUUCGAGAUGAUGAUCGGACACUUCCUUCCGCCUACGGGUUCUGGCUCCUCCCUAUUGAUGCCUUCGGGAUGAUCCCAGACGCUCACCCAGACAUUCGACAUGAGGGCAGUCUCAAAAGGAGUGAUCUCGAAAAGCCUGCAAAUGUGUGGAUUUUCAAUAAUAAGAUGUUUUGGGACUUAUCGAUCCAGAAGCCCGAACUUUGCCUACAACACCUCCCGAGCAGACCGCAACCAACCUCUAUGGAUGAAGAUUUAAAGCGGCCCUCAUGGGGUUCUUGUCGUUCGAUGGUAUUCAGAACAGCAUACGGCCACAUGAUACGAAAGUACUUGGAGUUGUGA